AUGUCACACAAUACACCAUUGGAUAAUGUGGAUGUAUUCCGCAGUCCUAGUCGACCUCGUCAUCACACAGAACAAGAACGAUCUAUUUCCCCUCAACAUCAAGAACCCAAACUAGUGAUUGAUACAAAUACUGAAAGUCAAAGUCAAAGCCAAAGUCAGCAACUGAGCCAACUCGGACAUUCCAGUGAUGCUGCUAACGCCGAACUGUUGUCAAAUAACACACCCCGUAUCAAAGUAAAUACCAAAGAUGAACACACUGACUUUGAGACCCCAAAUAUUGAUCGCGGCUCAAAAGAUGCUGAACAGUAUAGAUUUCCCUUACAAAAAACGGAUAGUUCUGGACCUUACAAAUCUUUAGAGGAAGAGAUAGAUCUAAGGUUAGCUUCGCUGAACAACCCAACGAUAAUCAUGGAACUAGACCUUGACAGUGGGGUACGACACUUGUCCAAAAACUGGGAAUACAUUGUUGGAACUUCCAUACUGAAAAUUAUCCAUCGACCAAUAUCCAAAAUCAUAUUGGGGAACAAUGAUGAGGAUUACAGGGUGUUUAACCAAGCUAUUGAGUCAAUGACUCGUGAUGAUGCCAGUUACAAGGUAAAGUUUAUAACUGCAACUAACCAUACAAGACAUGACGUUGAAGGUAAUGAAAUACGGGGCGAUAUAGAAGGGCUCAUGCUCGAUAGGACAAAUGUUUACGAUGAUGAACAAUUGACACCUCAUAACUCAGUUGAAGAUGUCAAUGAAAUUGAUUUACCUGUCGAAGAUUAUGUAUCCGAUGAAGAUGAAGGCACGGAAAAGAUAGAGCAUCAUGAUCAAUUGUCUCAACACAGCUCAGUUUCCACCUCUAUAUCCAAUGAUGGAGGGUUCAUUGAACUUGAGGCACAAGGGAUAUUGAUUCAUGAUUCGCAAACCAAGCUUCCCACACACUCGAUGUGGACGGUAAGACCAUUUGUUCAAAUUGAUUUGGAAUUAUCAAUACCAAAUGCAUUGAUUGAUUUGUUGGGUUUUGGCUCCGAAAUUUUUGAAGGGUACUUGAUGAACUUGAAGCUGUUGGGAGUUACCGAAGAAGAAUAUGUCCCUCAACCCAAUACUGUCUUGUGCAGAAUAUGUGAAACCAAUAUUCCAGCUUGGUUUAUAGAAAAACACAGCGAUUUAUGCUUGAUUGAGCAUCGUGCAGAUGAAGACUUGCAACAAUGUCAGGAUGCCAUACUUGAACAGCGAGAGUUGAUUGUGAAAAUUAUUGAAAGUUUGGCCCUACAAACCCAGCAACCCAACUUGUAUCUGCAACAUACUCUGCCAGGAAGUUCAAAAAGCUCGGGACUGCAACAAUUGAGCUCGUCACAGGGACUGUCGCAAGCACUGUUACUGCCAAACACUUCAACUCAUCUGUCAAUAUCGCUGAGUUCAUCAGAGGAAGAUAGUCCAUCUAGCUCGGUGCUGCCGGUUAUACGUGAAUACAAGGGCUUCACCUUGCCAUUGGUUUCAAGUGAAAGCUCGUCUCCCAGACUUGCAAAUAAGGUGAUGACGAAAAGUUUCCAUUCGAGAAAUAAGAGCUUGAUGUAUUCGAAAAAGUUUCCCUUUGGCACAUUACAAAGAAUCAAAGAAUUGUGUGAUGAAGCUAUAGCUAUAAAUCCUCCUUCCAGCAACAACAGGGGUGACGACUUGCAAAAUCAUAUUUCGUUCUCUCCCGGAUCUGAAAAGUCGCUAAAUUCGGUGAUGAAUCCUGUGAGUAUUGAAACAUCUGACUUAGCUAUAAGGCAAAUGCUAGAGGACACAAGGGACUUGAUAAAUGACAAAUUGGAAACAUUGUCCCGACUUGUUUCUAUCUUACAAUACCUGAAUAAAAUCAAAAGUGAAGUUGACUUGUUGGUUUUGGAAACUGUGAGAGAAACAGUUGAAAAGAUUCGAAGUCAAACAGCGGCGAAGUUAUCGAGAAGCUGUACUCCAUCAGAGAGUAUUGAAAGGUCAAGGCUGCCUACUGUCCCGCAGCACGCGAGUAUUACGGAAACAGAAUCACCACUAGUACGAAGAGACGAUCUGAAUCCAAAUUCACGACAAAAUAGUUUGCAGAAUUUAGGGCAACCGCCACCGAUUGUUGCCCCUCAACCUUCUCGAAGCAAAAGCCCCAUGGAGCUACUUCAGGAGUCUCAUUUUGACAAUGUCAUUACUCCUAAGGAUAUUUUAAUGAACGAAUCAAAAAACUUUUCGCAAAAUUCGUCCUCAUCAUCGUUGUCGGGACGAAGAAAGACCAGUUGGAAUGAUAUACCACAGGGGAGGCAUCUGUCAAACGAGGUCUCACGUACUUCGUCGGGUAACAACACGAAUUACUCCUCGCCUAUACGGCAUUUGUCGCCGGCGCCUUAUGCUGAAAAGAGCAGCUUGACUUCGAUACAAAGAAGUAGCGCUGUUAAGUCAUCACCAAUGUCUUUGCAAGCAACUGAUUCUGAUAAUGCUGGCCCCGGGAUUGAUAAAAAGAUCACCAAAUUAUCCUUGGAUACAUCAGCUGCUACUCCAUUACAACAAAACUCUCCGUCGUAUUCCCUUACCCAUGGCACUCCAAGUCAACUAAGUAGCUCCAUCUCGAGACCACCAUUGUCUCCCUUACUUGUUUCAACACAACAAGCGCCAACGAAACCAGCUGGUAUCAAGGACUACGAGAUUGUGAAGCCCAUUAGUAAAGGUGCUUUUGGUUCCGUUUUCCUUGCCAAAAGGAAAUUAACAGGCCAAUACGUUGCUAUUAAAUGUCUUCGUAAACGAGAUAUGAUUGCCAAGAACCAGGUCCUCAAUGUUAAAUCCGAGAGGGCAGUGAUGAUGCGUCAAAGUGACUCUCCAUAUGUGGCACAAUUGUACUCCAGCUUCCAAUCUAAAGAUUUUCUAUACUUGGUGAUGGAAUAUUUGAAUGGUGGAGAUUGUGGGAACUUGAUAAAAACUUUGGGUGUACUAGGACUCGAAUGGUCGGCGCGAUACAUUGCCGAGAUAAUUAUUGGCGUGAAUGAUCUCCAUGAAAGGGGAAUUAUUCAUCGUGAUUUGAAACCGGAUAAUAUCUUGAUUGAUAAGAAUGGUCACUUGAAACUCACUGAUUUUGGCUUGUCAAGGUUGGGUGUUGUUGGUCGUCAAACAAAUCAUAGGAAAAGCAGUGUCAACGAACAAAGCGUUGAGUUGUUUCGUAGUAUCUUUGGUACUCAUGGUGGCAGUAGGAGAGGAAGCGGAAGCGGGAGUGGUCCAAGCUCCGCAGGAUUAGACGUUGACGAGCUGCGCGGAAAGAGAAACAGUUCUGCAAGCUCUAUUGUCUUAUCUCCUUCUUUGGAAAGGUCACGAUUGGUUCAUCAAAAUCAUACACCAACAAAUUCGCUACAAGCAACGUCGUCUCCCACCAUGCACUUUUUGGAAGCAUUUGGUGGUGGGAAUAGUAGGCAUAGGACAGGAGUAAGAUCUAAUUCCGGUGGGUUAGAAUCACCAUUGUUGAAACCUAUUAUUCCACGAACUGCGUCAGAGUCAUCUUUUGUCCUUAUGGAUGAUGAAUCCUCAAAUUCUCCAAUAACAAAUUACGCAUUGUAUGAACCCAAAGUAGCUACAAUGGCAACUCUAGGAUCGGAUGUGGGAAAUAGUUCCGAGGGAGAUAAGGGAGGUGUCAAAAAAUUCGUGGGGACGCCAGACUACCUUGCGCCUGAAACCAUUCGGGGUAUUGGACAAAGCGAAGCAUCAGAUUGGUGGUCUAUUGGAUGUAUCUUGUUUGAGUUUUUGUAUGGGUAUCCACCGUUUCAUGCUGACACUCCAGAAAAAGUUUUUGACAAUAUAUUGCAAGGUGAAAUUGAUUGGCCAGACUUGCCACUUGAAGAGGACGAAAAGUUUUGCUCUCCAGAGGCCAAGGACUUGAUCAGAAGACUUUUGGAAUUGAAUCCUGAAAACAGAUUGGGUUCACAAGGAGCGAAUGAGAUAAUGACCCAUCCAUUCUUUAAAGACAUCAAUUGGGAUACUGUUUUUGAGGAGCCCGCGCCAUUUGUUCCCAAUGUGGAUGACCCAGAGCUGACAGAUUACUUUGAUUUAAGAGGUGCAUCAUUGGCACAGUUCCCGAACGACGAGUCCUCGUCUGAUGAGGAUAAAGAAGCCGAGAGCAAUGUUCAGAGAAGAGAAUCUAUCAAUUCACUUCAUUUACCAUCAGCAACCACAACAACCACUUCCUCCUCGCUGGGUAAAAAGGAACGUCGGUCAAGUAGAUUAGGUGAAGCAGGGGAAUUUGGACUGUUUCAUUUUAGAAACUUGUCGGUAUUGGAAAAGCAGAAUAAGGAUAUCAUCAAUCGGCUAAAGUCGGAACAUUUGGAACACCGCAACAGUUUCUCUUCAUCUUCUCUGGAAGGUACACCCGUCAUAAGGUCAAGAGGUUUAUCCUUCGGCAAUGCCCCAGGUAAUGGGUCCGGAUUGAAUCUUUCAACUACAGUCAAUACAUCCAGUCCUUUCAAAAGACCCGUUUCACCACCAGGUGGUACUUUAGGCUCGCCAGCAAAUGCGCAUAACAGGUCCCAGUCGCCCCAUCGGAUGUUCGAAAGCCCAACCGUUUCCUUUGGAAGGCACGAAAGAAUACCUUCUACAUUCAGUAAUUAUUCACUGGGGGAUGAUGGCAUAAACCAGGAGUCUUCGCCAAACACCACAUCGUCAUUUACUCAUCAAAGAGCAGGAAGCUCGCCUUACAUUCAGGGUUAUGGUAAGCCAAUCACUAGCCCUUCAACAAAUUCAAACUUGGCUCCAGUUUCGAAUUCGAUGCUCUAUUCUUAUUCAAACCCAAACGUUCUCAAUACGCAACACUCCUUUUUUAAAGAAACAUCAUCGCCAAACUCAUCAGAUUCAGAGGAAACAACUAGGUCAAAUGCGUUGUUAAGAGUACAACGUCGACGUGAAAGUUCACGCAUGUCGGAAGAGAUUUCGCUAAAUCAUGAUCUUGAUGUAUUAUAUUGUGAACCAAUCUCUUCCGUGCGUCAUCAAGUUGUCAAAUUACUAGAGAAAGCUGGUUGUAUAGUUGUAUCGGUUUCCGAUGGCGAAGAUUUGAUCAAGCGAGCAAUGAGUCAGGUAAAGUUUGACAUUAUAAUGACAGCAUUGAAACUCACCAAAGUCGACUCCAUCGAUGCUGUCAAAUUGAUCAAGUAUACAGCGGGAAAGAAUUCGGCAACCCCUGUUGUUGCAGUUACUGGAUUUGGUGAUGAGGCCAGAAAAGCACAAUGUUUUGAUUUCGUUGUGGAAAAGCCGGUUACGUUUGACAAGGUAAAAGCGUGCUUGCGGCAUGUCUUGAGUGAUGAGGCUGUCAUUGAUUAG